AUGAUUUAUUUUAACGAAAAUGAUUCGGGUUCAAAUACAAGUCCAAAUAAGAAAUGCAUUAGAUGCGGCACUACAUUUCAAGUUGUCAAAGGAAUAUUCAUCGAAUAUUUUGAAGAGAGUUCAAUUCAUGGAUUUCGAUAUAUAGGUGAAGAAAAACGUCCAGCUUUAGAUAGAAUCAUUUGGUUAUUUGCUGUCAUACUUUCGUUCCUAACAUGUUCUUAUCUCAUUGGAAAUAUUUGGGAUAAACGAAGUAAUGAACCAGUCAUUGUUACCUUCAACGAAAAACUAACACCCGUUUGGGAAAUUCCAUUUCCAACUGUUACCAUUUGUACUGAGUCAAAAUCUCACAUAAAUUUUUUCAAUUUUACUGAAAUAUUUUGGAACAUUUCUGACAACAUAAGUAUAUCGGAAGAUGAACAAUUCUAUUGGGAAGCAAUAUCACAAACAUGUCGUCCAAGACUUGUGUCAGGUUCUUACGGCCACAUUCUUGCUAAUGCAUCAGAUUUGAUCAGAGCAAUGCUGAAGGUAGCUCCAACAUUCAAAGAUACAUUUUCCGAAUGCUCUUGGCAACUGUCAAAAGUCGAUUGUGCAAAAUAUUUUGACUAUGUUUUGACAGACGAAGGAAUUUGUUUUUCGUUCAAUUCGCUAAAAUCGGCAUAUUAUCGGACGGAAUUAUACAACUUGCGUAGGGAAGACUUUGUCGGUUUCAAAUACGACAAUGACAGACAUCUUGAAUGGGAUCUAGAAAACGGUUACGACAGUCAAGCUGGAAAAGAUACCUUCCCCAAACGUGUUUUAGGCGCCGAAGAAUUGGAAAGUCUUAUUGUAGUUUUGACAGAUCGAAAGGAGAAUAAUGAGCACAUGUGUCGAAAUGGUGUUCAUGGUUUUAAAAUAACUCUUCACACUCCUGGAGAAGAACCACAUGUGACGAAGAAGUUUGUUAGUAUUCCUUUCGAUCAAACAGCUGUUAUAGCAAUAAAUCCGAAAAUUGUAACGACUUCGGACGGAUUGGCAGAUUAUCCACCAGAAAGGCGUCAAUGUUAUUAUCAAAGCGAACGAUAUUUAAGGUAUUUUACGGUUUACAGUCAGGCGAAUUGUGAUUUGGAAUGUUUGACAAAUCAAACACUUGCCAAAUGUGGAUGUGUCAAAUUUUCAAUGCCAAGAAAUUUGUCCCAUCCAGUUUGUGGUGCAGCAAGUGUAAAAUGCCUCGAUGACGUCAUAAAAUAUAGUAAUAUCGAAAAAUUCAAACAUCGAGAAAGUACUUCAAGUCAUAUUGAUAAUUCAAGUAAUUACUGUCAUUGUCUGCCAACAUGCAUUGAAAUUGAUUACAAAGCUGAGGUUGAACAUCAAGUUGAAAUAAAUGUGGCUGAAACAACUCGAGCUUUUAGACAAGACGAUUUGGAAGAAUUGAUUGCGAAGUAAAACAAACACUUUUCCAUCAUAAAUUUAAUAAUAAUUUUGUUGUUUUAACAGUCGUGUAAGUUACAUUCAC